CAAUGUAUAAAAUAAAAGUAGUCAACUGCUGAAUAGGUUUGUGUUGUAAUAUAAACAUGGACCCAGCCAGAAAUGGAGAAGUGGCUGAAAGAGGAAGAAUAGAGGCUGGGAGAGGGCGAGGAGUACGUAUACGUGGUGGCAGAAGAAUAAGAGGAAGAUCAAGAGCUGGAGUCUGAGAUGAGAUCAGAGCUACUAUAAUUGAUCAUGUAGUAAAUCAUGGUCUCUCCGUGAGAGAGGCUGGUCAGAGAGUGCAGCCGAAUCUGCAACGCUCUACAGUGGCAUCUAUUGUUAGAGUUUUCCGACAGACCAACAGUUAACUUGUAUUCUGCUCAGUUGCACAUGUCAGAUGUAAUUAAUGUUAUGUGUAAUUGUUUUUGCAUUUCUGCUUACUAGGACUCAACGGUUACCUCACACAGGAGGGAGAGGAAGGAUGUUCACUGCUGUGCAGGAAACCGCCAUUGUUGAUGUGGUAAUCAGAAACAAUGGGAUAAAGCUCACUGAGAUCAGACACAGUAUCUUGGCAGACAACGUUACCUUUGCAAAUAUUCACAGUGUAAGCCUGACAACAAUUUCUAGAGUCCUGAAGAAACAUCAGGUCAGGAUGAAACAUUUGUACACUGUGCCUUUUGAGAGGAACUCUGAACAUGUCAAGCAACUCAGGAACCAACAUGUCCAGAGAGUCAUGGAGAUUGAAGGCAUGCAAACACACCACAUUUUCAUCUAUGUGGAUGAGGCAGGUUUCAACUUGGCCAAAACAUGGCGACGAGGGAGGAAUGUGAUUGGGAAGAGAGCCACAGUGAAUGUCCCGGGCCAGAGGGGUGCCAACAUCACAAUGUGCGCAGCAAUAUCUACCGAUGGACUGCUGUUACACAGACCAGUAAUUGGGCCAUACAACACUGGACGGCUCCUUGUGUUCCUGCAUGAUCUCUAUGGAAGGGUUGAGCUAGGUGAGGAAAGGGAUGUGGACAGACGGAAUCAGCCAACAUAUAUAAUUGUAUGGGACAAUGUGGCAUUUCACCACUCCCAUGCAGUCACAGAGUGGUUUGUGGCCCAUCCCAGAAUGGAGUCGCUUUUCCUCCCACCUUACUCUCCAUUCCUCAACCCCAUAGAGGAAUUCUUUGCCUCAUGGCGGUGGAAGGUGUUCGACCAUCAUCCACAUGAUCAAAUGUCCCUUCUGGAUGCGAUGUAUGCUGGAUGCCUGGACAUAUCAGCAGUAGAUUGCCAGGGAUGGAUCAGGCAUGCCAGAAGAGUCUUUCCUAGGUGUGUUGCCCUAGAUGACAUAAGAUGUGAUGUGGAUGAGAACCUGUGGCCAAAUGGAGAAGGCCGAGUAGAUUAGCAUAUUGAAUCUGUAUCAGUGGAUGUUGUGUUUACAAAGUCUUGUGUUUUGGAAGUACUUAGUGCAAAAACAAAUACCAUUAAAAAUAAACAGCAUGAAAUACUGAAUAAUUCUGCAUCAUGUCUGAUUCAUUCCAGUAGCAUCUAUUGGAAGUACGAACAGAGAUGUGUCCUUGUUUUACACAAGAAAAUGUAAUGCUACAUGUUGUUAGUGUUUUUUAGGUCUUUGUUUUGUGGGUGACAAAGUGUGUUUGUCGGCUGUCAACCUUUACUAGUGUUCUGGAGGAAUGUUUAUUUGAGACCUGAAUGAAGUGUUUUGGUGGUUGUAGUGCAUUUUCAAUGUGAAAUGAACUGUUUUGCCAAGCUGAAACGCCGUUAGGAGAACUGUGUGAAAUUUCUAGCAAAAGUGACAUUAGUAUUGAAAAAUGGGUCCUAACGUCUGUAAAACUGUAAUAAGAAUCCCAUAUUGUAACAGUAUGUAGAGGAACAGCCAUCGUUAAAUAUCCCUAACCCACCUACACACACACACACACACACACACACACUCUCUCUCUAGCUCAUCUCCUUCUGCCUUGCUGUAAUUUGGUUUACUAAAGUAGUUUUAUCCCAUCUGGCUGGGAAUGUAAAUGACACUUUGGAAUUCCAGGUCACAUUCCUGCUAGUCAUUUUAGCAAGAAUGUGACCUGGAAUUAUAUGAAUGAUCAUACAGGUGAAUCUUAAAUGAGAAUAUUGUACAAAAGGCCUUUUAUUUCAGGAACUGAACUAAGGCCAAGAGACCAUUUAUUCAUUUAUUUACUUAUUUUUAAAUGGUUGAGGAGCCAGUUGAGGUGGCUCGGGCAUCUGGUCAGGAUGCCUCCUGGACGCCUCCCUGGUGAGGUUUUCUGGGCACGUCCAACCGGGAGGAGGCCCAAAGGAAGACCCAGGACACGGUGGAGGGACUAUGUCUCUCACCUGGCCAGGGAACGCCUUGGGAUUCUCCCGGAGGAGCUGGCCCAAGUGGCUGAGGAGAGGGAAGUCUGGGCCUCCCAGCUUAGGCAGCUGCCCCGUGACCCAACUCCGGAUAAGCGACUGAAAAUGGACGGAUGUUUUAAAACAUUUAUAAUUUGGACACCAAUCUUUACCAAAAAUUUAUGAAACCAUAAUGAACUUUACAACAAACCUACAAAUCUUAAAAAAGCUUAUUACACCAGAGGAGACACAGCACAAAUGAGUACACGCCAGUUACAGUCUUAGGAGAAAAGCCACGUAAGACUAGAACAUUCAGCUGAACAGGUA